UCACUUUCGCUCUAUCCGCCUCACCUUCUUCUACAGUCCUAGCUCUUCUCCACUGGUGAGCAAGGAACGUCAAUGGAUGGAGACGACGAGCUCACCGUCAACGCUCCACCGUUGUUCCGUCUCACCACAGCUGACCAGCAGGAUUCAUUAAUGGAGGAGGGACAAGGUUUCGAGCUACUCGGCCAGGACUUCUCUGCAAUGGCAGCUACCCCCAACAACCAGGGAGGAGAUAAGGUUAGUUUUUUUGACAGAGGAUCUAGUUCCGCGCGGGUGCAGCAGAUGAACCUCGACCCACGAUUCGUGUGUCUUAGCGCUAGCACAAAUGCAUUUGGAGCGGAACAGUACGGAUCCUACGCUGACAUCUUUCAGGCUGUGCAAAACGCCGUUGGACGAUCCAGUCCUUCGUCCGGGGCGGCAGGGCAAGCUGGAAAUAGCGAGUUACCCACAGCACGGCAAACCACGUCCCAGGUUUCACGAAACGACUGA